AUGUCGUCCUCGGGCUCGUCCUUUACUUCCUCGUCGCUCGGUCGCCCACCAACAUACGGACGAACAUACGUCAGUCCGGUUGAUUCAACCUGGACUCCCACCUCCGGCAUAUCAACCAUUUCUGCUCCGACCACCGAGGGGUCGGGAACUGGCACCUCGGUACUCGAUUUGGGACCCCCGGGUUUCCAGGCAACAAUGUGCGAUUCUCCCGACCCGCUGCGAAUCCUUUUUCAAGAUACUCCCGACGAACGAGUCGUUUACUUGGGGCCUUGGGAAGUGGUGGGUUCUGAGCAGCGCCGUGUUCUAUGGCAGGGCAGCUACCAGAACGAAUUGCUCGAACACUUCUUGCCCUCCGAUACACCCUCCGACAUAUAUCCUCAUACGCUCCACUCGCGUCAUCGCCCGUACUAUGACCCUUCGGACAUGGAAAGAUAUCUCACGUUUCAGGAACCUCACCGGAUUCGAUACACAACGGAUGAAGGUGUUUGUAUACAUGACCAGUACGUCACGAUCAGAUAUGAGUUCACGACAGUCGAGAGCUCUAUUCAAUUUCAGGGAGAUUUGCGCAGAAAGGACCUGGUUGAUUUCUAUGACGUCGACGUAGUCUGGACAAACGUCCAUGGCCGCACAGAUGGCUUCGGCAAGGUGAAAGGGAUCGGUGCGAUUCAGAGACUCAAGCUGUGGAGGGAUCGAUAUACGACUUUCCACUCCCUCAGCGUGUGCGCGAAUAAGACGGAUGGCCAAUACCGAGAGUAUGAUAUUCACUCGUUCGACGGGGAACUGCGCGGGCGGGACGACCGCGCAAAACAGCUUCGACUGAAUGCGUCUGGCAGGCGGCAUACUUCGGGCGAUGACCAGCACUCACACCGACGCUUCUCACUGCCGCAUCGUAUGCGAUCUCGAACCAGAACGAAUGAUUCCUCCGAGCCAAGAUCAUUGCAGCAGCCGACUCUCGACAUACGAUAUCUGGCCAUCCAGUUUACUGAGCGUCAAGGUCAAGUCCGAGUCAGGUGCCAUAUCAGUAUCUUCGACCAGUUGCACCACCGAGACGAGCCACAUGCUCGUGCUGCACAUCCAUCACUCACUACUGCUGCCACUGCUCCCCCGUUCCUGAUACACACUCAACACCAAAACAUUGACCCCUUCAAAGUCGCGCCAUCGGUCAUGAAGGUCAUUCUCGCCAUCAAUGCCGGCUCCAGCUCGGUCAAGAUCUCUGUCUACACUGCAGAUAAGAACGCAGAACCUUACCAAAUCGCAGAGGCCUCAAUUGGCGGAUUGACUGCCCCGCCAGCAACGCUUGCUUAUACGCGUCGCGGUGAGAAGGUGGUCAAGGCGAAAGAGGUCGCCGAAAGCGUCAAGAAUCAAGAGGACGCUUUCGACCUUCUCCUCAAGACAUUCAUUGAUGACGAUCAACUCAAGGAGAUCUCUUCAAAGGAGGACAUUGCCAUCGCCAGCCAUCGCAUUGUUCAUGGCGGAGACUAUGAUCGGUCGCAAGUCAUUACUCAAGAUGCCUACCACCACCUUGAAGAACUCAGCGACCUGGCACCACUCCACAAUGGUGUCGCCUUGAGCAUCGUCGAUACUUGCAUCAGCGCGCUACCCAAGACCAUCAACGUCGCCUGUUUCGACUCGCAGUUCCAUACAACUAUCCCUCCACACAUCUACACCUACCCCAUCGACCCAAAGAUCGCCAAGAGCAAUCGCUUGCGCAAGUACGGAUUUCACGGUAUCAGUUAUGCAUUCAUCACAAGGGCCGUGGCCCAGUAUCUUGAAAAAGACGUCGACAGCUUAAACAUGAUCGCUUUGCACCUCGGUAGCGGUGCCAGCGCCUGCGCCAUCAAGGGCGGCAAGAGUUGGGAUACGAGUAUGGGGCUAACACCUUUGGCGGGCCUUCCUGGAGCGACUCGAAGCGGCAGUGUUGAUCCUAGCCCAGGGCCUAAGGCCCAGAACCAUGCCCCACCGGAUGCAGCGGAAUGCUACUCUCAUCAGAUCAUACAUGAGAUCCGGAACCGAGGGGUGGGAUCAGGUCUCGUCUUCCACUAUGCCUCCGAUGUGGGGAAACUCUCCCCUGCAUCCACCAAACAUCUUCACAUUUCAAGGGCUGAAGAGAUCCUCAAUAAGGAGAGCGGCUGGAAGUCCAUGACGGGCACCACCAACUUUGGCGUAGUUGCCGAGUCAGACGAGCCCACCCACCGCCUAGCCUUUGAAAUCUUUGUCGAUCGCAUUGCCGGCUUUGUCGGCUCUUACUUCGUGACCCUCGAGGGUCGUGUCGACGCUUUGGUCUUCGCUGGCGGCAUUGGAGAGCACAGCGCCAAGCUUCGAUCUGCUGUCGUAGAGAGGGUUGCCUGCUUAGGCUUUGCCCUCGAUGAUGUUAGUAACCAGGAACCUAUCAAGGAUGUGGUCCAGGAACUCGGCAAACGCGAUGCCAGGCAGCGGGUGCUCGUCUGUCAGACAGACGAGCAGUUGGAGAUGGCCAGAUUAUGUGCAGAAAAGGAGGAUAUAUGGUAA